AUGAAGAAUGCCACCGGCGAUUGGAUUGAAGCCUCCAACGUCAUCCCGAAGGACGCCGUCGAGAUCUAUGUCCAGGUGAGGCACACCCGGAGAGGCGAGUUCCAAGACAUGUGGGAGGACUUCAAAAGCUCCCACUUUUCGAGAAAGGAGCGGCAGAUGUUGUCAACGGCAAUGAAGAAGAUGCCUGCCGCCGGAAAAGUCCUCUCGGAAGUCUUUUGUCCGCCCCGCAUCACCAAGAUCCUGAGGAAGAGAGGCUAUGAUGUGGGCACCAGUUUUGACCUCCUAACCGGAUGGGACCUGAGCAAACCAGAAGAGCGGAAGGCCAUGUGGAAGGCUUUGAGAGAAGAGCGGCCAGAAGUGAUCUUGGCGUGUCCCCCAUGCAAGGCCUUCAGCAGAAUGCAGGCAGUGAACUGGGGUCGAAUGGAUCCAAAGAAAAGAGUGCACCUCUUUCAAACUGGACGAGAGCGUCUACAUUUGGCCAUCGCAGUCCUGCGCUGGCAGCUGAGAAGAGGAGGGGCAAUACUUUUUGAGCAUCCAGACGGGGCCACCUCAUGGCAAGAGCCCGAACUGCAGUCUUUGGCGGCCAGCCGCGGAGUCCAGACCGUCGUGUGCGACCAGUGUAUGUUCGGGUUGAACGUGGACGGCGCUGGCUUGAACAGAAAUAGAACAAGGUGGCUCUCCAAUAUGCCUCCGGUUCUGGAGGCCCUGGAGGUCAAAUGUGACAAGAGCCACUUCCAUGUCCCACUGGAGAAUGGUAGGCCGCUCCUGGCUCAAGUGUACCCGGACGGGCUGUGCCAGGCGAUCUCGAACGGCAUCCUCAAGUACCUCAACGGCACCUCCACCUAUGCAAUGGAAGAAGAUCAGGACGAGGACGAAGAGGAGGCCCAGGACGAACUUGAUCCAGUGCCGGAUGAAGGCCCCGGAGACUACAACCCAACGGAGGAGGAGAAGAAGGCCGUGAUGAGAGUGCAUCGAGCAGUCGGGCAUCCCCAGGACAGAGAGUUCAUCAGGUUUCUUCGCGCAGCUCGAGUGCGAGGGGAGAUCGUUCAGUGGGCUGCAAAGAAGUUCAAGUGCGAUGUGUGUGAGUCAAAGAGGCAUCCCAAAGCACCACGACCCACUGCUUUGCCAAGGGCUUACCAGCCCAACCGGGUCCUGGGGCUGGAUCUGUUCUACGUGCCGGCACCUGGAGACGGGAAGCAGACUGUCCCGGUUCUCAACGUCUUGGACUGGGGCACCAACUACCAGAUGUGCGAGGUCCUUUUGGGGAAGAACCCGAACGAGGUAUGGGAGGCCUACAUGUCUACGUGGGCCAGGACCUUCGGACAUCCAGAAGUCAUCACUUGCGAUGCCGGCAGAGAGUUCUUGGGCGAGUUCAUUCAAAAGGCAGCUGCUGAAGGGAUCGUCAUCCACCAGAUCGCCUCCAAGGCACCCUGGCAGCAAGGGAAAACAGAACGCCACGGAGGGCUCUUCAAGGAGCUCCUGGAGAAGGCCAGAAGUGAGGUGGUGAUUCAAAGCACCAAGGAUCUCAAGCAGCUCAUGGUCGAGGUCGAGCAGGCCAAGAACAGGUACUCCAAUAGAUCUGGCUUCGCACCGAUUCAACGACAGAUUGGACAGUGGCCAAGAUUGCCGACGUCAAUCAUGUCAGAUGAGGCAAUAGACCCAACGCUGUUGAACGGGGUGAUCACCGAUGACUUGGAGAAGUUGCACCACAUGCGGAACAUCGCGCGCAAGGCAUUCUGCGAGCACAAUGCCAAAAACACCCUGAAGCGAGCCCUUCGAGCACGUCCACGAGUAUGGGUGGACUACAAACCCGGGGAGUAUGUGUUCGUGUUUCGAGUACCUCGCAUGAAGAAGCGGAAGCACGGGGGACCCGUCGAUGACGCCUCACUCUCAACAAAGGCAAGAUGGGUCGGCCCCGGGGUAGUCAUAGCUCCAGAUGGAGCGAACCUCUGGGUAUCGAUGCUGGGUGAGCUCUGGAAAGUCGCUCGAGAACAAUGCCGCCCUGCCACCAACGAUGAGAAGAUGGGAAUCGAGGCGGUGGUGCAAGAGUGCCAGGAGUUGGUCGAAGAGCUCAAAAGAGGGUCUCACCGGCUGGGAUACAAAGACUUGACUCAAGAAGAGUUUCCCCCGGAGGAAGAUGGAGGAGAAGGAGACAGAGAACAACAAGGAAGACAAGACCAACACCCACGGUUCGAAGAAGCCGUAGAAGAAGUGGAAUACACUCCUACACAAGUCGAGGGGGAGCACGAAGAAGAUCCCGAAGAAGCCGGCCAAGUCAAAAGAAGAAGAUCCAUCAACGAACCAGAACAAGAAGAAGCACCUCUAUCAAGGGCCAACAGCGAAGCAAGCAGAGCUGAGGCCAGACACCAUCCUGGGUUUCCAGGAGGCGUGCCAGAGACGCCGCCGGUGAACGUGGACCGACCUCCGAUAGACCCGAUGUCACAUGAGGUGCAAGAAGCAUUGAGGCAAUCCGAACUGGAUGCAAAUCGGCUGGAUGGAGUGCCAGGUCCAACAUCAGGGCCAAUCUAUCGAUGGCAACAGAGAGCCAGGCAGGACCACAUCGCCCCCUACUUUGAGGACCAGGAAUGGUUUCUAGCUGAAGCUGAAGAGGCCAUGGAGGAGGAGAACCAGACCAGACAGACGAAGAUCAGGCAGCUAGCCAAAACCAGGGCUGAGAAAGAUGAGUGGUCGCUGGACUGGAAGAAUGGCACGCUGACCAGGCACCAUCGACGCAAAAGAAAGGCCAAGUUCGACCCGAAGCUCAACUCCGACGCCCCACUGCCGUGGACUUUCCUGACGGAGCGUCGAGAGACGCAUGUGAGAAAAGCACAUGAAGGGAUGAUGGAAGAAGACGACUGGCAGACGCCACAACGGAAGAGUCUAGAUGAAUGGUGGAAAGGCAAAACCGUGUUCUACCUGAAGGAGAUCAAGGAGGCGAAGAACUAUGUGGCCGAGAAGAAAGGUCAAGAUGAAGGGAGACCGGACGCCUCCGGACCUUCAAGCCUGAUCGCAUCAAAGCUCUCCAAGCUGACCAUCGAGGACAUCCUGCAGCUUAACCAGGUUGUGACAGAGCUCAAAGCCCAUUCUGAGCUGAGCCUAAAGGUGCAACCCCUGAAAAAGAUGCGGCUCAGCGUCGUGACCGACGCUUCAUUUGCUAACGCGGGCUUCCACUCCCAGGGAGGGCAUUUGGUCCUCGCCCACGAGAACAACCUCCGCGAUGGAGCCGCAGUCACCACGAAUGUCUUGGCCUGGAGGUCAGGGAAGCUGCAGCGAAUUGUCAAUUCGACUCUGGCUGCAGAGACACAGAGCCUGUCGAGGGGGCUUGCCGAGCUGCUAUGGAUCAUGGUGAUGGUGCAGGAGUUGACUGACGGCACCUUCAACAUCAAAGCGUGGCGCAGCCGGCUGGAGGGUGAGGAGCUCCUGGUGAUGAGCUCUGAGCUGAGUGAGCGAGGCCUGCAGGAAUCUCUCGCGGUGGUCGACGCGAAAUCGCUGUACGACCAUUUGUCCAAGGACUGUCUAGGCGGACAGGACAAGAGGACCGCGAUAGAAAUCCAGAUCAUCCGCCAAGAUCUAAAGGAACUUGGAGGACAGGUCAAAUGGGUAGAUCACUUAGCCAUGCCGGCAGACGGUCUAACCAAGGUCCUUGGUUCCAACGCCGCUUUGUACGAGUUGAUCAACUCGGGGCGUUUUAGCAUCCGGCCCACCGAAGAGCUGAUGAAGAAGCGAGCGGAGGCUCGCAGUGCCGGGCAAAGCAACGCCGACAUCCGGCGAUUCGGGAUCAAAGAAAAUACUGGGUGCUGUGAAUCCAUGUAUCCUGACAUGUCCACGGUUGAUCCCGAAUCCUCAAUGCCUAUCCGGCUCGAUGUACAGGGGCCGUAG